AUGAAAACCACAAUGGUUAGAAUAAGCCCAUUGUGGUUCAUACUUCUGAUCAUGCCUUGUUUCUUUGCAACUCAUGCUUAUAAGGGUAAAUUACCUUUGAGGACUCUUUCUAGUGGUACUAAUCAUGAAGCAUUAAUGCUUCAAUUGAAUUCAUUCAAAGCCUCUUUCACCAAACAUGACUCCAUUGCUUCACCACCUUCUCCUACUCCUUCUCCUAUGCAAUCACAAGAUCUCAAGAAACCACAUGAAUACCUUGUGACAUCUUAUGGUGCUGAUCCAACAGGAAACUCAGAUAGCACUGAGGCUCUUCUUGAAGCCAUGGCAGAUGCUGCAAAAGGUCCAAGUAAAGGGUUUUUGAUGAAUGGCAUAAUUGACCUUGGAGGUGCUCAGAUUAAUCUUCAAGGUGGAAAUUACUUGAUCAGCAAGCCUUUGCAGUUUCCAAUGGCUGGUGUUGGAAAUCUCAUGAUACAUGGAGGAACAAUAAAAGCCUCCAAAAAUUUUCCAUCAAACAAAAAUCUAAUUGAUUUAUCAAACAUUGGUUCCACCUCAUCCUCCUACAACUAUGAAUACAUAACUCUCAAAGAUCUCUUUCUAGACUCAAACUUCAAAGGUGGAGGAAUUUCAAUCAAAAACUCACUAAGAAUCAACAUAGACAAUUGUUACAUCACACAUUUCACCACAAAUGGAAUUUUAGUCGAAAGUGGUCAUGAAACAUAUAUCAGAAACUCUUUUAUCGGACAACAUAUAACUGCUGGAGGUGACAAAAAUGAAAGAAAAUUUUCAGGGAUUGGAAUUAACCUUCAAGGGAAUGAUAAUGCAAUCACUGAUGUUGUGAUUUUCUCAGCUGCUAUUGGAAUUAUGAUUACUGGUCAAGCUAACAUAAUUUCUGGUGUUCAUUGUUAUAAUAAAGCUAGUGCAUUUGGUGGUACAGGAAUUUAUUUGAAACUACCAGGUUUAACACAAACAAGGAUUGUAAAUUCUUACAUGGAUUACACAAACAUUAUUGCUGAAGAUCCUGUCCAACUUCACAUCUCAAGUACUUUCUUCUUUGGUGAUGCAAAUAUUGUUCUAAAAUCAAUCAAAGGUAUUGUAAAUGGUCUCAACAUUGUUGACAACAUGUUCUCUGGAACAAACUAUGGUGUUGAAAUUGUGAAGCUAGACACAUCAAUAACUCAUUUUAGUCAAAUUAAACAAGUUUUUGUUGAAAGAAAUGUUGUGACUGGUAUGAAUUUAAAGGCUACUUCAGCAAUGAUAUCUUUGCAUGGAAAUGGAACUUCAUGGGUUGCUGAUUUUAACAAAAUUUUGAUUUUUCCUAACCUUAUUAGCAAUGCUCAAUACUCAUUAACUGCUAGUGGUAACAUGUUUCCAAAUCAUGUUAUUAGAAAUGUCUCUAAGAAUUGUGUUUUUAUUGAAACAAAUGAGGUUGUCACUGCAAAUGUUUUUGUCAAAGUGGAUCAAUGUGUUACAAGUUGA